AUGUCAGCUAAAACACUCGGAGACUCGCCUAAUGCCCAGAUCAAUAAGAACAUAUUGGGUCGGUAUGCGACAUUGCCACUGCAGGAGAAUGUUGUCCAGGCAACAUACGUCUGGAUCGAUGGCACUGGCAUGGAUCUGCGCUGCAAGGAUCGAACCCUAGACUUCAUACCUACAAGCCCAAAGGAUUUGCCCGUUUGGGAUUUCCCUGGUCAUUUUCAGGGCAAGACCCGAAAUGUAGAGACCUAUCUUCAACCAGUGGCCAUCUACAAGGAUCCUUUCCGUCGUAGCAAUAACAUUCUGGUCAUGUGCGAUACAUACAAAUUGGAUGGUAGUCCUACACAAACUAACAAGCGCAAGUCGUGUUUGGAGGUGUGUAAUAAGUGUGCGGACGCCGAGCCCUGGUUCGGCAUUGAGCAAGAGUACACGUUUCUCGAUUUCGAUGGCCAUCCAUUGGGUUGGCCCAAGAACGGUUAUCCUGGACCACAAGGACCUUACAACUGUGGUGUCGGUGCCAACAAGGUUUUUGGUCGCGACAUUGUGGAUGCUCAUUAUCGUGCCUGUUUGUAUGCUGGCAUCAAGGUGUUCGGUACUAAUGCCGAAAGUAUGCCAGCCCAAUGGGAAUUUCAAGUGGGACCGUGUACGGGUAUUACCGUCGCUGAUGACCUUUGGAUGGCCCGCUUUCUGUUGCAUCGCAUCGCAGAAGAAUUUGGUAUUGUUGUUACUCUGGAUCCCAAGCCAAUGCCUGGCGAUUGGAGUGGCGCUGGAGCCCACACCAAUGUUUCAACGAAGGCCAUGCGUGAGGAUGGAGGAAUUCAUGAAAUUGAGAAGGCCAUCGACAAGCUUUCCAAAUGCCAUGAGCGUCAUAUACGUGUCUAUGAUCCUAAACAGGGCACAGAUAAUAUCCGGCGUUUAACUGGCAAUGGUAGCACGAGCUCUAUUAACGAUUUUAGCGUUGGUGUGGCCGAUCGAUACACCAGCAUACGGAUUCCACGUAGUGUCAAUAAUAACGGCAAAGGAUAUUUCGAGGAUCGUCGGCCAAGCUCUAACUGCGACCCGUAUUCUGUGGUGGAGGCCAUUCUGCGAACAAUCUGCUUAAACGAGUAGAAUGAUUCUCGUUUAGACUUAAUUCACCCUUCUCCAAUCUCCAAUCUUGUU